AUGGCCAAUCCCACUAAUCCCACGCCACCGUUAUUGGCCGAGCGCUUCGCCAGCCACGCUCUGGAGACACGGUUUGAAGACCUCACGCCCGACGCCGUCGCGCAGGCCAAGGUUUUCAUCCUCGACACGCUCGGCGUCGGCAUUGCCGGGUCCUCGGCGUUUGGCGCCGACAAGGUGAUCCCCGACGAGGCCGGAGGCGCAACCACGACGCUCUGGGGGAGGAGACAGCGCGUCUCGGCCGGCGUGGCGGCGCUCGUCAAUGGGUACCAGGUGCACUGCCAAGAGUACGACUGCGUGCAUGAAGGCGCGGUGCUGCAUCCGCUGGCCACGACGCUGCCGGCUGUGGUGGCGUACGCCGAGAAGAAACUUGGCGGCAUUACCGGCAAGGAGUUGAUCACGGCCAUGGCGGUGGGCGUCAACAUCUCGGCGGGCCUGGGCAUUGCGUCCCGAUCAGCAAUGACGUUCUUCCGGCCUGCGACGGCCGGGGGUUUCGGCGCCACGGCCGCCGUGGGACGACUCAUGGGUCUGUCGCACGAGGCGCUCGUGCAAGCCAUGGGUCUGCAGUACGCGCAAACCAGUGGCACGCUGCAGCCUCACGUCGAGGGAAGUACGUCGCUACCGCUACAGGUUGGCCUGAAUAGCCGUGCGGCCAUGCAAUCGUGCGAGUGGGCGGCCAGCGGGCUCCCCGGACCUCGCGACGUCUUUGAGGGACCCUACGGCUACCUGCGUCUCUUUGAGAGCCCGGAGAAGUGGGAUCUGACCGAAACAUACAAGUGUCUGGCGGGCGGGCGCUGGCUCAUUAGCGAGCUGAGCCACAAGCCGUACCCUGCCGGCCGAGCCACUCAUGGCGGCGUGGAAGGUCUGCAAGUUCUCGCGAAAAAGGACGACGGCUCAACCGUGAAGCCAGACGAGAUUGACAGUGUGACCAUUACCGGCCCUCCAGUGACCGCGAGACUGUGUGCGAGACCGGAUAUCCCGGAUCCGUCUCCCAACUACGCUCGACUCUGCAUGUCUUAUAUCGCAGCAAAAGUCCUCAUCAACGGCAUGAUAGACCUUGCACAUUACCGAGGUGAUGAGCUCCAGGAUGAGAAUACACACCAUCUCGCAAAACGGGUCAGCAUGGUGUCAGACAAUCAAGGUGGUCCAAAUGACCUAUUGCCCGUCAGUGUCGAGAUGCGCUUAACGAAUGGUGAAGUAAAGAGCUGGACGUGCGAUCAAAUGCUCGCUAGCCCUGCGCGCAGGCUGACGAGAGAGCAGCACCUGGCCAAAUUUCGACGCUGCUGGGAGUUCUCGGCCGAACCGCUCUCGGACACGGCUCGGGAUGAGCUGAUUGAGAUGAUUGAUCAUUUGGAAGACUUUUCGGACGUGAAACUCAUGACAAGGCUGCUCAGUCCGGGUGCAGCAGACGCUCUGUAG